AUGGCGGAUCCGGCUGUGAUCAAUGCCGAGGCGAACGACAGACUCAUCACCCGGACCUGGCGCGCAUGGAAGACCGUCCACGAGAUGGUCAGUGAUAGGGGCUACGAACUCGCCGAAAACGAAAUCCACAUCAGUCUAGAUGACUUCAAGAAUAGCUACACCAACGUCGAUGGCUCAGUAACGCGCGAAAAGCUAAAGUUUUCUGCCCGACCGAGCCAGGAGAUGCUCAAGAAGUACACCCCUCCCGCGACCGCCGCAAACCCCGAACCGCAACCCGACGUGGGCACCAUCUGGGUCGAGUUCUUCUGCGAAGACAGCCUGGGUGCCGAGCAGAUGCGCAAGUUCGCCAAGUUUUGCUCGCACGAGCACUACCGCAACGGUCUGCUGGUGUCCAACGCCGCCGUGUCGUCGGGAGCCAAGAAGGAAAUGGCCAAGUUUGCGCAGUGGACCACCAUCGAGUGUUUCCUCGAGGAGGACCUACUCAUCAACAUCACCCACCACGAGCUGGUGCCCAAGCACGUUAUUCUCAGUAGGGACGAGAAGACAGCGCUGCUCAAGCGGUACCGGCUGAAGGAGACGCAACUGCCGCGUAUCCUGCAAAGAGAUCCGAUCGCCAAGUAUUACGGCAUGCGACGGGGGGCUGUUGUCAAGAUCAUCCGCAACAGUGAGACAGCCGGCCGAUAUGCGAGCUACCGGCUGUGUGUAUAA